AUGCCAUUUGAUGGUUGUCUUAAUUGUAGUUUUCAUUUGAAUAAUAAUGCUAAGUUUUUGUUUAAGGUUAAUGCUUAUUGUGUAAUGAUGAAUAUUAUCUCAAUUUAGAAUCUAAUUUAUGUGAAACCAACCUUGGAGAUUAAAUAAUUUAAGGAUAAGAAUAAUGUGAUGAUGAUAUUAUUUUUUUAUAUUUAAUUAUAACUAUAAUCAUGA